CCUCCCGUGCCCCCGUCCCACCAGCAGAGCCCAUGGCAAUCCGGCUGCCCGUCCUGUGCCUCCUGCUGGGAAUGUGGGCCAUCCCUGACCAUGGAGGAGCCACCUGGAUCCCUGGAGGUGAGAAUUUGGGGAGCAGCCCUUUGGGAAUGCCUCCCCAUCUCCGUGAGCAUGCCAGGUGCUGGAAACCCAACCUGAGACUCACCAGAGGCGGCUGCCGCUGCACUGGGAUACUGGAGGUGAACUGGGAAAACCAAUGGAGACAAAUCUGCUGGGAGAGCGUGAGCGUGGGCGACCUGGAUUGGAUCUGCCAGCGGCUGCAGUGUGGUCCCAUGAUGGCUGAGCCCUUGGAGCUCAUCAUUCCUGGUGGGGGAGGGCCACAGAGUCUGCUCAGGAGGUGCAGGGAGCCACCAAAUGAACUGGGAUGCGACUGGGAGCUAGAAAACUGCACGGAACACGCCAUUGUCUCCUGUGGAGAGCCAGUGAAAACCACACCCAAGCCCACACCGGCACCCCCAACCACCACCCCGGAGCCCGUGGGACCCCCCAGGCUGCGGCUGGUGGACGGGAAUUUCAGCUGCUCCGGCUUCCUGGAGCUGCACAAGCAGGGGCUGUGGGGGACUGUGGCGAGCAUCCCGCACAUCCAGCCACACCUGGUCACCCUCAUCUGCCAGGAAUUGCGCUGUGGCACUGCUGGGAACAGCCACGGAGAGCCGGAUCCAGGGAUCCACCUGCCGGUGCAGUGGGAGGUGGUGGAUUCCUGUGGGAGCCCUUCCCUGCUGGAUUGCUUCAACAGGACCAGCUCCCGAGGGAGAAUGCCCGCCUUCAUCACCUGCUCAGAUUCCCAGCCGCGGGCCCUGCGGAGGCUGGCAGCCGGCCCCACUCCAUGCGAAGGGGACAUCCAGGUGUUCCAUGCGGGACAGUGGUGGGAUCUGUGUGACUCUGGAGCAGCACAGCGAAACAAGCGUGGCCGACAGAUCUGCCGGGAGCUGGGCUGCGGGAAUCUCACUUCCAGCAUGGAAAUCCGGGAGCCUCCCUCAACAGGAGUCACCUGUGGGAUUGGUCCCCUGCACCUCUGCCAGCCCAAGCUUGGGAAUAUCCGGAGCUGCUCCCGAACCAGAGUCGUGUGCCAGGACUCAAAGCCAAUUCCCACUGGAACAUCUGCUGGAACCGUCGUGAGCAUCUGCCUGGCCCUGCUGCUUUUCCUCAUCCUCUCCCUGAUCUGUGGCCCUCCUGCCUAUCGGAAGCUGAUGAAGAGAAUCUCCAAGAAGAAGCAGCGCCAGUGGAUCGGCCCCACGGGACUCAACCAGACGGUGUCUUUCCACCGCUCCAGCACCGCGCCGAGGUCUCGGGGACAGGGAGGGGACAACGACUACGCUCAGCCCCCCCAGAAGAGCUCCCAGCUCUCUGCUUACCCAGCCCUGGAAGCAGCGUGCCAGCGUUCCUACCCUCCGGAUAACUCUUCAGACAGUGACUAUGACCUGCACUCCGCCCGCAGGGUGUGAUUCCCUGCUUCCCAAAGCAGCUGAUCCCACCUCCCACCUCAGCUUUGGGAGCAUCCCAGCAUUCCAACACCCUUCCAGGAGCACUUCCCAGCCUCCUCAUGGGAGAAAAGGAGGUUUGGGUUUUUUUUUUUAAAGCUAUUUAGAGGAA